AUGACGGAGGUACCGGCCAACGCCAUGCAUCUCUCCGCGGCGUCUGCAGACAAAAAGGAGCAGCGGUUGAAAGCCAGCAAGAUCCAGUAUCCCUUCUGGUUUGGAGGCAGCGCAGCUAGCGUGGCCGCGUGUGUCACUCACCCUCUGGAUGUAGUCAAGGUUCGACUACAAACCCGAACGGCCAACGCGCCCAAGAGCAUGAGCGUCACCGUCGCACAGAUCCUCGAAUCCGAAGGCAUACUCGGUUUUUAUAGCGGCAUAUCCGCCUCCGUUCUCCGGCAGGCAACAUACUCAACGGUGCGCUUUGGGGUAUAUGAAGACAUGAAGCGGCGUUGGGGUCCGGACCCUAGCUUCCCCGUGCUUCUUGCAAUGGCUUCGUUCUCGGGCUUCUUGGGCGGCAUAGCAGGGAACUUCGCAGACGUGCUCAACGUCCGUAUGCAGCGCGACGCCGCGCUGCCCGUGCAAGAUCGCAGGGACUACAAGCAUGCGGUGGACGGAAUGAUACGCAUGGCGAGAGAAGAAGGCAUGCUGAGCUACUUCACAGGCUGGCUGCCGAACAGCAGUCGUGCGGCCGUGCAGACGGCAAGCCAGCUGGCGAGUUAUGAUGCCGUGAAGCGGAUGUUGCUGGACUACACGCCCAUGGAGGAUACGUUGUCGACACACUUGACCGCGUCGUGUCUGGCGGGUGUGACGGCUGCGACAGUGACGAACCCGAUCGAUGUCAUCAAGACGAAGGUGAUGGCGUCCAGGGGGAAACAAGGGGUUUGGCGGUUGGUCAAGGACCUUUCGCGAACGGAGGGCCCUGCUUGGGUUUUCCGAGGAUGGCUGCCCAGCUUUCUCCGUCUCGGACCACACACCAUCUGUAUCUUUCUCUUCCUCGAAUGGCACCGGAAGUUAUAUACAGCGCUCCACCAACAGAGCUUGUGA